UACAAAAUUAUGUAUAUGAUAAGAAUACAAGAGAUAAUGAUCAACUACUUAUUAAAUCAGAUUUUUUUGAUUUUCACAUUUCUUAUAAUCCUUCUGCAGAUCAAAAAAAUAAUAAAGAUAUCCAACUUGCAAAAUUGCAAGAAGAAAUUGCUGCAAUUACUGAAAAAUGGAAAAAUAUAGAAGAAGAAGAUAUUUACAAUUUAUGA